UGGAUGGAACUGAGGUUUAACACACUAGCAAAAUGCCCACACUGCAAAAAAAUUUCUUCUGUUGGAAGUGCACUGCCACGGAGGCGCUGCUGUGCGUAUAUUACAAUUGGAAUGAUAUGCAUCUUCAUUGGAGUUGGAUUAACUGUUGGUACACAAGAUUUUGCCAGGCGGUAUCAUGCAACAUAUGUUUCUUGGGCUAUUGCUUAUCUCUUAGGUUUAAUCUGCCUCAUCCGAGCCUGCUACUGGGGAGCCAUUAAAGUCAGUUAUCCAGAACAUAGUUUUGCAUAG